GCACUAAACACUCUCUCUCAUCUUCUCUCCCCACCGUUUCCGUUCCCCGCCCGAAACCCUAACCCUAGGAAAAAAACCAAAUCCCAUGGAAGCUUCAACGGCUCUCUCUCGGAUCGGCUUAGCCGGCUUGGCCGUGAUGGGCCAGAACCUGGCUCUCAACAUAGCCGACCACGGCUUUCCCAUCUCCGUCUACAACCGUACAUCAUCCAAGGUCGACGAGACCGUCCAUCGCGCCGAACAGGAGGGCCACCUCCCCCUCACCGGCCACUACACUCCUCGUGACUUCGUCCUCUCCAUCCAACGGCCCAGAUCGAUCAUCAUCCUCGUCAAGGCCGGGGCGCCCGUUGAUCAGACCAUCUCCACCCUCGCCCAAUUCCUCUCUCCUGGCGACGCCAUCAUCGACGGCGGCAACGAGUGGUAUGAGAACACUGAGCGCCGUAUCCGCGAGACUACCGAAAGGGGUAUACUCUACCUCGGCAUGGGUGUCUCAGGUGGCGAAGAUGGGGCCCGCCACGGUCCAUCGCUGAUGCCUGGCGGAUCGUUUGAUGCUUACAAGAACGUGGAGGAUGUUCUGCAGAAGGUUGCAGCUCAGGUGAAGGACGAUGGGCCGUGCGUAACGUAUAUUGGCGAAGGUGGGUCUGGCAAUUUCGUCAAGAUGGUCCACAACGGGAUCGAGUAUGGAGACAUGCAGCUGAUAUCUGAGGCGUAUGACGUCUUGAAGAUAGUUGGUGGGCUGUCGAAUUCUGAAUUGGCGGAGAUUUUUGAUUCGUGGAAUCGGAGCGAGCUUGAGAGCUUCUUGAUUGAGAUCACGGCAGAUAUUUUCAAGGUAAAGGAUGAGUUUGGGGACGGCGAGUUGGUGGACAAGAUUCUGGAUAAGACGGGGAUGAAGGGGACGGGGAAAUGGACUGUGCAGCAGGCCGCGGAGCUCUCAAUUGCGGCACCCACGAUCGCUGCUUCUCUGGAUUGCCGGUAUUUGAGCGGGUUGAAGGAGGAGAGGGAGAAUGCUUCGCGGGUUUUCAAGGAGGCGGGGAUUGCAGAGGUCCUGGCGGGCCGUGCCAUUGAUAAGAAGCGGCUGGUGGAUGAUGUGAAGCAGGCGCUGUAUGCAUCGAAGAUCUGCAGCUAUGCACAGGGGAUGAAUCUGCUGCGGGCGAAGAGUGAUGAGAAGGGUUGGAAUUUGAAUUUGGGCGAGCUGGCGCGGAUCUGGAAGGGUGGGUGCAUCAUACGGGCGGUGUUCCUGGACCGGAUCAAGAAGGCGUAUGAGCGGAACCGUGGGCUGGCGAACCUGGUGGUGGACCCGGAUUUUGCGAAGGAGAUGGUGCAGCGGCAGGCGGCGUGGAGGCGGGUUGUUGGGAUGGCAAUUGAGGCCGGGAUCAGCACGCCGGGGAUGUGCGCCAGCCUGGCGUACUUUGAUACAUACAGGCGGGCCAGGCUGCCUGCAAACCUGGUGCAGGCGCAGCGGGACUUGUUCGGGGCCCACACAUAUGAACGGGUCGACCGCCCGGGUUCUUUCCAUACAGAGUGGACGAAGCUCGCCAAGGAGGGGAAGGCCGGUGUUGGUGCUUUGAACUGAAGAAAUUGGAAUUCACUUCCGUCUACCAUGGUUGCUUUCUCUUACUUGUUGGGAUUUGGGUUAUUUCUGUUUAUCAAAGUUGGGCAUUUUGCAUGAUUGGUUCUUGUUUAGGCACAAAGAUGUCGAUUUUGUCUGACAUUGUGAUCUUUUUUAUAAUAAAUUUUGCAUCCGCCCUUUUUAAA